CGGAAUCAGAAAAAAAGAACCCCAGAACCAGAAACCCUAACCAAGCAAAAAUCAAAACGAGGCCGCCUCCGACCCCCCCCGACGCAAUAUUAGAGUAGAACUCGCGUCUUCCUCGCCAUCCCCACAACACGACACGACACGACACGGCUCCCGCCACAAACUUGCUUCCCUAGCUGAAGCUUUCAUCGCCACUCCUACUCAGCUACACGACACCCUCCCCUACAACCUUCCAUAACCGACAAACACAUCCUCACACACAGCUCAACCAUGGACGGCUACCAGAGGAUUGAGAAGAUCGGUGAAGGCACGUACGGAGUUGUGUACAAAGCCAAGGACCUGAACAACCACAAUAGAAUAGUGGCGAUGAAGAAGAUCCGUCUGGAAGCGGAAGACGAGGGAGUCCCCUCCACCGCGAUCCGCGAGAUCUCGCUACUCAAGGAGAUGAACGACCCCAACAUCGUCAAACUACUCAACAUCAUCGCCGAGGGCCACAAGGUCUACCUGGUCUUCGAGUUCUUGGAUCUGGAUCUCAAGAAGUACAUGGAGGCCAUACCGGCGGGGAUGGGACUCGGCGAGGACAUGGUCAAGCGCUUCAUGAACCAGCUGGUCAGCGGUGUCAAGUACUGCCAUUCGCAUCGCAUCCUGCACAGAGAUCUCAAGCCCCAGAAUCUGCUCAUCGACAAGGAGGGGAAUCUGAAGUUGGCGGAUUUCGGUCUGGCGAGGGCGUUUGGGUGUGCCGUUGAGGACCUACACUCACGAGAUCCUGCUGGCGGAAAGCAGUACAGCACCGGUGUCGACAUGUGGAGUGUCGGCUGCAUCUUUGCCGAGAUGUGCACGCGCAAGGCCCUGUUCCCCGGCGACUCGGAGAUUGACGAGAUCUUCAAGAUCUUCCGGUAGUCAAUACCGUCCUGGUUCACUCGCAGCAAACGCAGACAGCUGACAGACAGACACGACUAGACUACUCGGCACCC